AUGGCGGUGGCGGCGCUGCCGCAGGCGAUGGACGCGCUGUCGCGGCGGGCGACCAUGCUGCGGGACUCGCUGCGGCGGAGCCAGGGGAACACGGACGGCAUGGUCGCCAUCCUCGGCUCCUUCGACCACCGCCUCUCCGCGCUCGAGGCCGCCAUGCGCCCCACCCAGGUGAGGACGCACGCGAUCCGGACGGCGCACGAGAACAUCGACCGGACCAUCAAGGCCGCCGACGGCAUCCUCUCCCAGUUCGACCUCGCCCGCCGGGCUGAGGCAACCAUAUUGAGGGGUCCCCAUGAGGAUUUGGAGAGCUACCUGGAGGCAGUGGAUGUGCUGAAAGGCAUCAUUCGCUUCUUUUCCUCGAAUAAGAACUUCAAGAGCAGUGAAGGAGUUCUGAAUCAUGUCAACAAUCUGUUAGCUAAGUCUACUCUGAAGAUUGAAGAGGAAUUUAAGCAGCUGAUGGGUACAUACAGCAAACCUAUCGAGCCAGAUCGCCUGUUUGACUGUCUACCCAAGUCUCUGCGGCCAACAAAAGGUGAUCACGAGGCCGAUGGAGGCGGCCGUUCUGAUCAUCCAUCCAAAGGCUUGGAGACUGCCGUAUACAGGACCCCAACACUAAUUCCUCCCAGAAUAUUGCCUCUCAUGAAUGACAUAGCUCAACAGUUGGUUCAGGCUGGAAAUCAGCAAACUUGCUACAAAAUCUACAGAGAUUCCCGUGCUUCAGCACUAGAAGUCAAAUUAUUACUAGCAGGGGAAAGAAAAAUCUGUGAUCAGAUUUUUGAUGGUGUCAACUUUAACAAGGGCCAUUGUUUUGCUGAACUGACAGCAAAUAGUAUUAUAACUCUUUUCAGCUUUGGAGAUGCUGUUGCUAAAAGCAAAAGGUCCCCUGAAAAGCUGUUUGUGUUGCUCGACAUGUAUGAAGUAAUGCGUGAACUUCAACCAGAGAUUGAGGAAAUAUUUGAAGGCAAACCUUGCACUGAGAUGCGUGAAGCUGCAUCAAGCUUAACAAAGCGAUUGGCACAGACUGCUCAGGAAACAUUUUCAGAUUUUGAGGAGGCAGUUGAAAAAGAUGCUUCAAAAACUAUUGUUCAGGACGGAACAGUCCAUCCUUUGACUAGCUAUGUGAUUAAUUAUGUUAAAUUCCUAUUCGAUUACCAGUCAACAUUGAAGCUAUUAUUUCAGGAAUUUGAUAGUGGCACUGAGGCAGAAUCUCAGCUUGCUGCUGUUACCACAAGGAUAAUGCAGGCCCUACAGAAUAACCUAGAUGGAAAAUCUAAACAGUAUAAGGAUCCUGCAUUGACAUACUUAUUUCUUAUGAACAAUAUCCACUAUAUGGUUAGAUCUGUUCGCAGAUCAGAAGCAAAAGAUAUACUUGGUGAUGACUGGAUUCAGAGACAUCGCAGGAUUGUGCAGCAAAAUGCCAAUCAGUAUAAACGCGUUGCUUGGGCAAAGAUUCUUCAGACACUUUCUGUUCAAGGCGCGGGCAGCAGCGGUGACCUGACCAGCAGUGGUGUUUCAAGAGCCACGAUCAAAGAACGGUUUAAGUCUUUCAAUACGCAAUUCGAAGAGCUCCACGCGAAGCAAUCACAAUGGAUCGUACCUGAUCAAGAGCUGCGAGAAUCCUUGAGGCUUGCUGUAGCCGAAGUCCUGUUGCCAGCCUAUCGAUCUUUUAUCAAACGCUUUGGCAAUCUUGUGGAGAACAACAAGAACCCGCAGAAGUACGUUCGGUACAGCCCGGAAGCGGUGGACCAACUUCUCGGUCAGUUCUUCGAAGGGCAGCAAUGGGCGGAGCAAAAGCGCUGA